CCUCCGCCUGCGACCAUGCUGUCUACUCGCUCGAUAGGCGAGUCGUGGAGGGUCCACUCGAGGACUGGCGUGCCGGCGACGGAGUUGGUGAUAGAGGGAGCUAGCUAUUACCAGUUUAUCCAGGAUUCUCUUCGUCUCCCGGAGCCUGGCGCUGAGUGUCCUGACCCUUCGUUGGGGGGAUGGGUGCUUCCCGAUGCUCGGAUCUCGUAUACCGGAGAGAGCGGAUCCGAGAUUGUGGAGACUUUCCCGGAAGACCGGGUUUUCCAUGCUCCGCUCCCUGAGGGAGUAGAGGCGGUAUGCACCUUUUAUUUGUGUACUCUUCUUAUAUUUUUUUACUUUCUUUUUUACUGACAUUCUUGUUUCAGGUUCCGGCCCCUACGGCCAAUGCGAUGG